GUCACAUUCUAAACAUAACCUAUAAACUAAACAUUUUCUUAACCUAUAAUUGAAACUCGUUUUAAAAAUGUUUACAUUUUAUAAAUGUUGCAAGUAAAAAAAACUGGUUAGUUUCUUACUUUCCUCUAACAAAAAGACAAAAAGACAAAAAGACAAAAAAAAAAAAAAUGUUUUCUCUACGAUUUGCGCGGAUUCCCACUGGUUUUCGAACAUGUUUAAAAAUUCAAAAACACAGUAGUAGUGCGGUGCAAGUUUCUCAGAAUUCAGAAAACAAUUUAAUAAACAAUGUAUCCGAAGAAGUGGAAUAUCCAGAAAUUCUUGAUCUCUCAUUUCCUGCUCAACAACUAAGGAAAUUUGAUGAAAUGCGUCAAUUUAUUCAAAGACAAAAAACAAUUGAGGAAAAAUUAAUUGCACUCAAUAUGCCAAGAUAUUAUGGUUUUUAUGCUAUGCAAAUGUUAGAACACGAAAUUCAUUAUAAUACAUUGGAUCAAACACAAUUUUUAACGAGGACUCAUAUUAUGCCCACAAAUGAAUUGCCUUCGUUUUAUAAUGAUUUAAUAAGUUCCGAGAAAUUGGAUGAAAUUGUUGCCAAUGUUCGAAGUCAAAUUGAAGAUGUUUUAGUACUUGAAUAUUCCAAAAGAAACAUAAAAAAAGAAUUGUCGGCAGAUGUAUUAUCAGAUCCAGAGAAACUUCAAAAUUUCCAAACAAAAGCAAUUAUUCGUCAAAUAAAUAGAAUUUUUCUCUUAGAAUUAUCAUCGAAAUAUCCACAUUUAUUAGAUACAGAAAUUGACUAUGAUCCACGAAUUGAAGCUUAUUGGGUUGUUGGUGGAAUGGAACCGCCAAAAUCAGUAAAAUGUUCAAGACAAAAUAGUAUUUGGCAAAAGGAAUAUGCCAAUGAUCCAAUUGAUCGUCGUUUUCAAUAUAUCGGAGAGCCAUGUCUUCAAUUGCGACAUGCUCUUCCAUUACAAGAAAUAAUUCCUUAUCAAGAGGCAGAAAAUCAAGAAUACAAUGUUCCUGAAUUUAGAUAUGAUCCAUUUACCGUUGGUUAUUAUAGAGAUUUAAAACGCGCGACCAGUAUUCCUGGCUUUUGGCCCGGCGAUAAAAGAGAAUUUGGACUUUUGUCCUAUCAUCAUUGUGGUUACAUGGCAAAGAGGCCACGAGAAUAUGACGACGAAGAAGACGCACUUAAAAUACAAGCAAUUAGAGCAUCUUUUGCAUGGCUUAACGCACAAGCCGCUUAUCAAGGCUUCUCAACCUAUAACGAUAUAACUUAUCCAUUGGUAACGCAAAAUAUCAUCUUAAACGGACAAUGGUGGUACUUUAGCGCCUAUCAACUCAACACAAUGUUAUUAUGCAAUCAUCACAUAAAUGAUAAUCCAAAGAGAAAUUUCUACUGGACCACAGGUCCAAUGCAAUUGUUUGAAAAAAUUGAAGACAAUAAAGUACAUGGCCUAAACGAUGAGGUAUUAAAGAAUUUAAUUAAAUUUUAUGUAAAUAAGCCACAACCACGUGAAGAGAAUUUAAAACCAUAUCUCGGUGAAGAUGAAAAAGUAGUGGCUGAUAUUGUGGAUGACGAAAGGAGAAAAUGGCUCGAGCAAAAGUUUAAGCACCUCAUGUCCAAUAGAAAAUACUACAAGAACACACCGGAAAUUUAUAAUUGGCAACAAAUCUUUAUUAGAAAGCAUAAGAAAAGACCAAUGGAAAAAAAAUUGGAGCUUUGGCAAAAAGGUGAAAACUUUAUGUCACGUAGAUUGGAUGAUCAUAGACCUAGAUAUAUUCCAAAGUGUUUAAGAGCUUUUCCAAAAAGCAAAGCUAAAUUUGCAAAUCAGUUUUAUCCAAAGUAAAACUUUUCUGUUACUUAAUAAAGUGAAUUUCAAUAUUCAAAUAAUAUUGUGUAAAUAAAAGUUAAUUAGAUUUUUUUGCAAGAAUUUAUUUAAUAAAUGAAUUAUAUCUAUAAA